AUGACAGGACCGCAGAACCACAUAUCAAGGGCUAUUCACGUAAAAGCCACGUGGCUGAAGCGCUGCGACGGAUAUUUCUUCGCUUCGACUUCCGACGACCCGACUUUGCCCACCGUGAAACUGAACACGUCGGAAGGACGCGAGUUCUUGACCGAGAAAACAAAGCUAGCCAUGACGUAUAUCUACAAUACCAGCUUGAACGACUAUGACUGGUUCUUGAAAACCGACGACGAUACAUACGUCAUCGUCGAGAACCUGCGUCUUAUGCUUCUUGCUUAUGACACAGAAAAGCCGAUUUAUUUCGGCUGCAAGUUCAAACCGUUUGUAAACCAAGGCUACAUGAGCGGCGGUGCCGGUUACGUGUUGAGUCGAAAAGCCUUGACUCUCUUCGUAGAAAAAGGCAUCAACUCCGGUUUCUGUUCGAAUGUAUCGACGGGCUCCGAAGAUGUAGAUCUUGGCUUAUGCAUGGAAUUGAUGGGCGUGACCGCGGGCGAUUCUCGCGACACUUCUGGUCGGUUCAGGUUCCUUCCGUUGAGUCCAGCCUCUCACGCAAGGGCAGGAACACUGGACCCUAAGUUCUGGCUUUGGACAUACUUCUAUUAUCCAUUUCAGCAGGGAAUGAACUGCUGCAGCGAUUUCGUAAUUUCUUUCCAUUAUAUUUCACCUGAAAUUAUGUACGAAAUGGAAUACCUGAUUUAUCACGUUCGUCCAUUUGGCAUCAGCUGGUAUUUUGACAUGCUCAACCGGAAUUCUCAUUUCACACCAAUGCUUUCGCUGGACGAUGCCAAAAAUCUUUCGUCAAAAAUUAAUUCGCCAAUACUCUAG